GUCAUAUUGCGCACCGUGCCCCGGAAUCAGUGUCGCGAAUCUCGUUUUCAAAGCGACGAGUCCGCACGCAUACACAUGUCGCGUCGUGAAAUCAAAUCAUCGGCCCGGGAAGCGACAGUCCGUGAAUUGCGCGCCGCGCGAAUCCUGCCGGGUGUACGUUGUGCACGAUCGUCGGUCGUCGCCGCCGCUGCGGCGUGCGACGUCGUCAUCGUCAUCACCGCCUCCGUCGUCUCCGUCGCCGUUGUGUCGUUGUUGUUGUCGAUUCAGUGCGUGUCCGUGCGAGCUCGGUGGGUCAAAAUGGCGUGAACCGACCGCGCGCUUUUAAGGUUAUCUUCGAUCGCAGUGGGUUUCAUCGUGUAGCGGGACCGUGUACACGCGACAUUCGUAGUUGUGUUUUCUGUAGUGCGUGUUCGCGCCUUAUGCACCCCGUCGUCCACGUUCCACGAACACAUCUGCGUUUUCCGUGCUGUGAGUUACAUGAAUUAUGAGGACGGAAUGCCCGCAGGCGGUAACAGUCGUAUCCGCGCUUACCCAGCGCGGAUGUCCGAACGGCAACAGCUUGCGCUACUCAUGCAAAUGACUUCUCAGGAAAUGGUAUCAGGUGGAAAUCGUCAGGAAAAUACGAGCGCAACAAGCACCCCUUCGAGAUCAUCAUCCUUGCAACAACAACGUGGUGCCAAGGGUCGCUGGUCAAAUAAAAAUGGAGAAUCGCCCGUUCAAACGGCGAUUAAUCGUAAGGAGGAUUUUCGAGUACGGCAGAUGCUCGUGAAUGGUUAUGAUAUAAACGCAUCUAGAGAGACAAAUGACGUUGCAGGCGCUGCUGGUUCACCGGAGGAGAGUGCAACAGCCGCUCCCGGCAGCCCGUGCUCCCCUGCCGAAACCGGCGCAGCGGCGGCGACGGCGGCAGCAGCGCCGUCGGGUGAACAGCAAGAGCAGCAAGCGCAGCAGCAGCAGCUCUAUCAACAACAGCCGGCGCAGUACCAACAGCAGCAACGCGCAACAGGAAGCGCCGCAGCCGCUGCAUCGCAAGUUCCUGAGGACAGUGGAGCCUCCUGUGAAAUGCGGAGAACACCACCGCAAAAUAAAGUCGAUAGAUCGGGAACUGGGCAGUCUGGAAGCUCGCCGAGGGUGACGCUCCGGCUCAACCAGGUGCGAGGAGCGAGGGAUGAGAAGAAGGGGGGGAGUGCUUCAAACUCCCGUCAGGGCGGCAUGAGUGCACAGGGUCAAGGUUCAAUGGAGACUUCGUCGAAGGCGCCGGCCAGCAGCGCGUCGUCGGCAAGCGGCGGUAACGCCGCUUCAGGCUCUGGCACAUCCGGCAACGCGUCCUCGUCUACCGACAGCGGUGAUAUAUACGAGUUCAAGAGCUCGAAAGAGCCGACGCCGGUGAGAGGCGCGAGCUCAUCUCCGAAUCCCAAUCCGGACAAGGAGAAGGAUGGCGGCAGUAAACCUUCGAGUAAUCAAGGCAGCCAGAGUAGCGGCAGUAACACGGCCACCGUCAGCGGCUCGACGACAUCUGCCAGUGAAGCGACGACUGCACCAUUGGCUCCCGACGAGUCCUCGGCCGUCUCGACGUCGCCAUCCUCGAAGCGCACCUUCGAGGGCGACAACGUGGACGAGCAGCAAGACGAGGAAAAUCGUCGGAAAAAACGGAAAGACUCGGAGGCCGUGAAGGAGAACGCGAAAAAUAACACAACAGGACGGCAGAGCGCCGGUAGAAACACCAGCGGUGGCGGAGAAAAGUGCGUGAAAUCGGGUAAGCAAGGAUCUGGAGCGGCAUCCGGCAAAGGAAGUCAAAACACGAGCUCCAUCAGUGCGGAUAGAAAGAGUCCCAGUGCCUCUUCAAUGGCUAGCAGCCCGAAACCUUCGAAUGCUCCCAGCUCGACGAGCACGAAGACCGGUACUCCAGCACCGCCCGAGUCCGACGGCGAGGAGGACCGAUCUAAAUCCUCGGACUCGAAUUCCGCACCCAAAGUACCGCCUUUAAAAAUAGUUAUACCACAGAGCACGGCGUCGGAGCAAGAGCAAGGCAAUAGGAAUGGCAAGAAUAUUGCGAGCAGGAGUCAUCAGUUGCCGUACGUAGUGGCCAGUUCGAACAGCAACGAUUCGACGGAGAAGGAUCAGAAUCAGUCGGCCAGCGGUACGACCAGCCCUACGGAAGGUAACACCACUGCAAAAGGAGAGGACAAGAAAGACUUUGGCGGGAGUUUGCACGGAGAGGAAAGGUCGACGCAUCAUCAACGUGUAUUGAGGAGUUCGCACAGGACCGGAAACGGUAACAACGGUUCCACAGCGUCGAAGGAAACCGUCCCCUCGUCAGGCAACGGAAGUUACUCCAACUCGUCGCCGUUACCAGCUAACGCUUCCAUGGAUCGCUCGAAUAAUUCCUCGCCGCAACAAAGACAUCACUCGCCGACGCCCGAGACAACCGGAUCCGAUGUUAGUAGCAAGACCGCUUCGUCAGAGUCCGCGAGUGCAGGAACAGUCUCGAAGUCUAAUACGACCGUGGAGAAAUCGGAGAAAAAUGCAGACGCCGCGGGAAAGAAUCAAAAGGACAGCGGUGUGGAAAAUUUGGAGAAUGUCUCGGCGACAACCUCCUCCGCGAUGUCUAACGCCGGCACACCGGCGCCACCUGUUGAGCUUCAUCCCAGGAAAAGGAAAAUGAAACCUAACAAAGAGGCGCAACAGGCUGCUGCUACGGCCGCUGAAGCGGCUGAAGCUACGAGUACGGGACCAGAAGUUCAUCCGCACGAUCAACCAAUCACUAAUUGUUAUCAGCUAUUUCUUAAUAUUAGAAAGCAGAUUGAAAGAAGGCGGAAGGGCUUGUUUCCGGUUCAACCGAAACCUCCUCAAGGAUUUAAGGAUUACUUAAUGAAUCGCUGUACAUAUGUGUUAGCUGGCAAUGCGAAAGAGCCAAACAUUAAUCCACCAGUUGGUUUACACGGAGCUAUGAAGGACUUGUACGUUGACCAAGAGAAGGAGCGAUAUCGCCUCAGAAUGCAACACGUAGUUGAGAAAGAGAAAUUAGUUUUGUCGGUGGAGCAGGAGAUUCUUAGAGUCCACGGUAGAGCGGCCAGAGCACUCGCUAAUCAGUCGCUUCCCUUUUCCGUUUGUACGAUUCUCAAAGACGAAGAGGUUUACAACGUCAUCACUCCCGAACAAGAAGAAAAAGAUAGGAACGCAAGGAGCAGAUAUAACGGUAGAUUGUUCUUAAGCUGGCUUCAAGAUGUCGAUGACAAAUGGGAGAAGAUAAAGGAAGGUAUGCUGUUGAGGCAUCAUAACGAGGCGGAGUCCCUACACGCUGUCCAACGAAUGCACUGGGAAUGGAAAUUGAAGGAAGUUGGACUCUGCGAAUACAAGGCGACUCCUCAAGUCGAGGAUGUCCAUGUACCGAUGGUACACGUGUCAGACGACUUUGAUUUGUUACCAGCUUAGUAUACAAUAUCUGUACAAUUUUUCUGGUACGCCCAGUUUUCCCCACAUCUUCGAAACGACUUCGAAGACGAUGGCUUUAAUCUGUGAUCUCUCUAUCGAUGUAUGCACCACUAUUGUGUCAUUACAAAUUUAUAUUGUAAGCGAGUUUCAUAGCGACGCGACGAACUGCAAAGGAAUUUCACAAACGCAUUAUUACAUUGAACUACGGCAUUGCGAUCGAAGCAAAUCCCCUCCAAAGAGUCUUAAUUAUUACAUCAAGCUGUUAUUGCGUCUGUUUCGGCAGUAAAAGGAAAUAAGGGACACUGAGGCUAAAUUUGAAACGAUUGAAAGUUUUAGCAAAUAGACAGCAAUAGUCUUGCAUUUGUAGUUGUUUAACUUUUGACAAUAAGUAAAAUCAGAUUACACUAUGCCAAAAAGUUAGGAGAAUACUUCUUUCGUUUUAUAUAGUUGAGACAAUUGAAAUAAAUCAAAGUAAAUCAUAUCGAUAUAUUCACCUGUAUGAACGAAAUAUAAAAAUAUCCAUAUGUGCCUUGAAUUUUUCAUUGAAUUCAAUUCAAUCGACAUUGACGAAUUCAUAGCGACCGUGCGUGUGUACUCUUAACGAUGCGACUUCGUUACAUGCGUUGGGAAGCGAAACUGACAGCGAAUAUUAUUUUGGCGUUUAAAGGGUAAUUAGGUAUCAUAUUGACAUCACUGUUUGUCAUAAUUCAAUUAAGGCACAGCUAUCUAAUUAACGAUGUUAUCAGAGUUAACAUAAUUAUUCAAUACAACAUCAUUAUCGUGCGAAUAAAUUUGCGAAAGUAUAUAUAUAUAUAUAUAUAUCUUGCAUCACAAUGAUUCUAGUAUUGCAUUUCUCAGUAUAUACAAGUUCUGAUAUCUUAUUAAAAACAUGAUAUUAAAAUGAAGUAGGCAAAAUUUUCAGAUAAGAUCGAGAAUUUGCCAUUGAAUUUAUUUUAAUACCGUUUACAAAAUAUCAAAUAUUGAUGCAAUUGCAUGUACCAACUCUGGCAACACUGCUAAAACUUAUUAGGCAUUUGCGCGCUCCUAUUAUAUCCCUACUCUUUUACUCCGUUUAUGCCUCAUAUUCCCUACUUCACUUUUUUGUUAUUACAUAGUCAACGUUGUUUCUUUUCCACGCAAAUAAUAAACAAACGAGAGAAAUGAAACAUA